AUAUUUUGCAAAUCCUCUGUUGAAAUUCGAAAUCAAUGGCGGAAGAAAUCGAGAAGUCGUUGCCGAAGGAGGAGUCUCUGAUGGACAAGAUCUCGGAGAAGAUCCACCAUCACGAUUCGUCGUCUGAUUCGGAGUACGAGAAGCCUGAUUCGCCAUCGGCUGUGAAAUCGAAGAUCUAUCGUUUGUUUGGUAGAGAGAAACCUGUUCACAAGGUUCUCGGUGGUGGAAAACCUGCUGAUGUGUUCUUGUGGAGGGAUAAAAAGCUGUCAGCUGCUGUUCUUGGUGUGGCGACUGCUAUUUGGGUUCUCUUUGAGCUUGUUGAGUAUCAUUUGUUGAGUCUUUUGUGUCACGUUUCGAUUCUUGCUCUUGGAGGCUUGUUUCUCUGGUCCAAUGCUCACACUUUCAUCAAAAAGUCUCCACCUCAAAUUCCAGAAAUCCAUGUUCCAGAGGAGCCUUUCCUUUUGAUUGCUUCUUCCCUGAGAAACGAACUAAACCAAGCUUUUGUUAUCCUACGAAGCAUUGCCUUAGGCAGGGACCUUAAAAAAUUCCUCAUGGUUGUUGUUGGUCUAUGGAUCAUCUCUGUGGUGGGCAACUGGUGCAACUUCCUGACUCUGGUGUACAUCUGCUUCGUACUGUUGCACACAGUGCCAAUGAUGUAUGAGAAACACGAGGACAAGGUUGAUCCAUUUGCAGAGAAGGCGUUGAAGGAGUUGCACAAACAUUACCUUGUGUUUGAUGAAAAGGUUGUUUCUAAGAUUCCCAUUGCUUCCCUCAAAGCUAAGUUGGGUUGA